AUGAGUAGAUAUUUACUCCCCCUCCCCUCCACGAGUCCCCACCUCUCUCUCUCUCUCUCUUUCACUCUUACACUUACAGUCUCCACCUCUCUCUCUCUCUCUCUCUCUCUUUCACUCACUCACACACUUACACUGCCCACCUGUCUCUUUCACUCACUCACACACUUAGAGUCUCCACCUCUUUCUCUCUCUCUCUCUUUCACUCACUCACACACUUACAGUUUCCACCUCUCUCUAUCUCUCUCUCUCUCUUUCACUCACUCACACACUUACAGUUUCCACCUCUAUCUCUCUCUCUCUCUCUCUCUCUCUCUUUCAAAGAGGAAUAGUGCGUUCUCCCUCUCUCUAUCCGAAUUUAUCUCAUUCUGUUCUCAUCUAUCUAUCUAUCUAUCUAUCUAUCUAUCUAUCUAUCUAUCUAUCUAUCUAUCUCAAUUUGAUAUCUAUCUAUCUCAAUUUGAUAUCUAUCUAUCUAUCUAUCUAUCUAUCUAUCUAAAUCUGUUUAUCUGUCUCUAUGUAUUUUCGUCUGGUUAUCUAUCUAUCUAUCUAUCUAUCUAUCUAAAUCUGUUUAUCUGUCUCUAUGUAUUUUCGUCUGGUUAUCUAUCUAUCUAUCUAUCUAUCUAUCUAUCUAUCUAUCGUAAGCGCAUGAACAUGUAA